AGGGUGUUUGGCUGAGCUUAUAAGCUCCUUAAAACAGCUUAUAAGCUGUUUAGGAGCUUAUAAGCUCUUGAAAAGUGUUUGGCAAAAUAAGCUAUCUAGGAGCUUAUAAGAUGUAAAAAUAAGCUCUAAGAGCUUAUAAGCUCUAAAAAAUAAAAGUUCCCCCACCCCAACUUAUUUUUUGAGAGAGCUUAUAAGCUGCAUUAAAUUUACUAAAAUGACCUUGACAUAUUUUUGUAUUUUCAAUUAUGCCCUUUCAAUUUUCAUUUCAGAUUUCUCCACAAUUUCUCAAUCUCGUUUCAUCUCUCCCUCCCCCUUUCUCAUCUUCUCUCACUGGAACUAGGGUUUAUCAAUUCGACAGCGUGCGACUGCAUCGAAGCGUGCGGCCUCGAGCGAAGCGAGCUCGGCAUCUCCUCCGAUUCUCUAUUGGAACCGCAUUUCGCCAACCACCUCUGCUCCAACCGCUGCUACGCCAGCUGCCCCAACAUCGCCGAUCUCUACUUCAAUCUCGUUGGCGGAGAAGAUGGAGAAUCGUGAUCAAGGAAAUAAAGGAAUCGUUGGUAAGAUCAAUAAAAUGACCGAUGGGUCAUCUUCUGCUAAGUGGAAUGACUACUUGAACCGUAUAUUUAUUCAAUUGUGUGUAGAAGAAAUUGGGAAAGGCAAUAGACCAAAUAGUCACUUCAAUGUGAAUGGCUGGAAUAAUAUUGUUAGAAAGUUUAAUGAAAUAACUGGUAAAAACCUUGUUUACAAGCAAAUUCGAAAUCAUUGGGAUGCAAUGAAGAAAGAAUGGUUAUCAUUUAAGAAACUAAUGCACAGUGAGACUGUAAUUGGUUGGAAUCCUUUGAAGAACUCACUUGAUGCUUCGGAGGAGUGGUGGAGCAGGAAAAUAAGAGAAAAUGUUGAUUUUAAGAAGUUCAAGAACAAAGAUUUAUCAUUAGUAUGGUUCGAAUAUGAUAAACUAUUCAGUGAUGUUGCUGCUACUGGAGAAAGAGCACGAGCUCCUAGUCAAAGAUCUGAAAAUGAGUUUGAUGUUGAGAAUGAGAUCUUAGGGGUGGAUAGUGAGGCAAAAGAAGUUGAAGACCACGUGGAGAUUGGGGAUAGUGAGGAUGUUGGACUAGGUGGGAUAGUGAGGAUGUUGGACUAG